UUACUUACCGUGUGAAAAAAAACAGCUCUCUUCCUAUAUAAAUCUCCACCUAAUUCGUCUUACUAAAAGAAAACAAGAUUUUAACAAUCACAGGAAAGUAAGAAUGAGAGGUAAAUAUAUUUUUGUACUAGUACUCAUUGUCUUGGCCUCCAAUGAAGUUCUUGCCAAGAACAAAUUUUCAACACCUAAAUUGAAACGAAGUGAUUUCCCAGAAGAUUUCAUAUUUGGUUCUGCAACCUCUGCUUACCAAGUCGAAGGAGCUGCUCAUGAAGAUGGUAGAGGACCAAGUAUUUGGGAUACCUUCUCUGAAAAAUACCCAGAGAAGAUAAAAGAUGGUAGCAAUGGAUCUAUUGCAGAUGACUCUUACCAUCUUUACAAAGAAGACGUCGCUAUACUGCAUCAAAUUGGUUUCAAUGCUUACAGAUUCUCAAUCUCAUGGUCGAGAAUCUUGCCUCGUGGGAAUCUAAAAGGAGGAAUCAACCAGGCUGGUAUUGACUAUUACAACAACUUAAUCAAUGAGCUAUUGUCCAAAGGAAUCAAGCCUUUUGCCACAAUUUUCCAUUGGGAUACACCACAAGCCCUUGAAGAUGCUUAUGGUGGAUUCCGUGGAAAAGAGAUUGUGAACGAUUUCCGCGAUUAUGCGGAUAUCUGCUUUAAGAACUUUGGAGAUAGAGUGAAGCAUUGGAUGACACUGAACGAGCCAUUGACUGUGGUGCAACAAGGGUAUGUUGCGGGUGUAAUGGCUCCAGGAAGAUGCUCCAAAUUCACUAACCCUAAUUGCACCGCUGGAGAUGGAGCUACCGAGCCGUAUAUCGUUGGUCACAACCUUAUCCUUGCACACGGAGCCGCCGUCAAAGCCUACAGACAAAAAUACAAGGCGUCUCAAAAAGGUCAAGUAGGUAUUGCUUUGAACGCGGGUUGGAACUUGCCCUAUACAGAAUCAGCCGAGGAUAAGUUAGCCGCGGCACGAGCCAUGGCCUUCACAUUUGACUACUUCAUAGAGCCACUUGUGACCGGUAAAUACCCGGUGGACAUGGUCAACAAUGUAAAAGGUGGUCGCUUGCCUACAUUCACUGCAAAACAAUCUAAGAUACUCAAGGGCUCAUAUGAUUUCAUCGGCAUCAAUUAUUACUCUUCUUCUUACGCAAAAGAUGUCCCUUGCUCCACUGAAAACAUUACAAUGUUCUCUGAUCCUUGUGCUAGCGUCACUGGUGAAAGAGAAGGAGUUCCCAUCGGUCCAAAGGCUGCAUCGGAUUGGCUUUUAAUAUAUCCAAAAGGGAUUCGUGAUCUUGUCCUCUAUGCAAAAUACAAGUUCAAGGAUCCUGUCAUGUACAUAACCGAGAACGGUAGAGAUGAAGCUAGUACUGGUAAAGUCUUCCUUCAAGAUGGUGAUAGAAUUGAUUACUACGCUCGACAUCUCGAGAUGGUUAAAGACGCUAUCUCGGUUGGAGCAAAUGUGAAGGGAUUUUUCGCUUGGUCGUUGCUAGAUAACUUCGAGUGGGCAAUGGGAUACACGGUUCGGUUCGGGCUGGUUUACGUCGAUUUCAACGAUGGACGUAAGAGAUACCCGAAGAAAUCAGCUCAAUGGUUCAGAAAAUUGUUGAAAGGAAAGAAAAGCCAAUGAUGAGGCCAUAUUAUUAGUAGCUCUGUUUCACUGAGAGAUUUAUUAUUAUUAUUAUUAUUUUCUCCAUUGGAUAUAAUAAGCCAGAGUUUUAUAUACUAUGAACCCGAUUGAUAUUAACUCUACUAGUACGUUAAAGCUUGU